CUCCUUCCCCCUCCUCUCUCCGACGAAUAAAAACCACCGCCUCGAUAACGUGAGAGAGAGAAAGCGAGCGAGAGGGAUUUGGAGACUCCGAAAGAAAGAGAGAGAGGAUUCGGAGUCCGUGAGAGAGAUCGAUGCUUUGGAUCCUGAGAUGUCUCUCGCCGGAGACGCUGGUCUCGAGAAGAAUCGAGCGGCGGCGACGGUGGCGCUGAUCGGAGAAGAGAAGGAUACCUUCAUCGUCUGGGAGAAGGAGAGAUAGCCCAAUCGCGAGAAACACUCCCAUACUCGAAUCGUCAGCGUUUAGGGCACUAAAUAGCCGUCCUGUUGGUGCCGGUAUUCCCGGAAGUAUCAGGGCGGAUAGAUAGGCUAUUUGAUAGCGAUUUGUUCUGAUUCAGGGUUUUGUUAUAGGUUUCCUUCGGAUUAGAGCAAAUGUCUGCGAAGGUGAAGAGUGCCGGCGACGCGGUGGCGAUCGCGGCAGCGUCGGACGGUAAGGACGGCGGACAGAUCGAGGUGCAGUUUGCAAAGUGCGAGUGCUGCGGCCUGACGGAGGAGUGCACGCCCGCGUACAUCGCCCGGGUGCGCGAGCGGUACAGCGGGCGGUGGGUCUGCGGCCUCUGCGGCGAGGCAGUCAAGGAAGAGAUCUGCCGCGCCGGUUGGCGGAUCUCCACGGAGGAGGCGAUCCACCGCCACAUGAGCUUCUCACGGGACUUCCGGUCUGCGUCGCCGCCGGCCAAUCCGACGGAGGACCUCAUCGCCGCCAUGCGCCACCUCUUCCGCCGGAGCCUCAGCUCACCGAGGGCUCUCCGGUCCACACCCACCAGUCCCCGCGGGAAGGAGGACGGCGACGGCUGCCGCCGCUCGCUCGCCCGCUCCGAAAGAUGCUUUCCAUCUGUGCCUCGUUAGAGACGUUGAGCGGCGAAGCCCGCACCGCCAAAAGGUACGGUGAAAGGGCAGACUCCAAGCAAGUGACCCAAUCCCAAUACCAUAUUAGGAAAGGAUCUCCAUCUCUCUCUCUUUUGCACAGUAGUGAGGGGCUCAAUUCUCCUGAAAAUUUGAAUAUUAUGCUAUAAUAUUAAUCUUUUUGUUUAAUUUAGGCUUUUUCCCUGUCCCGCCUGUUGUAAAGAUUUUCAAUCGAAUCAAUGUCAUGCAGUAAGGAAAUGGAAGUAAAUUAUCCAUUCCAGAACCUUAUUAUUCUCCAU